AUGUUGAAGCGAAUUGAGCUACCGGCGUUCGCCGGAACAGAUCCGUAUUUGUGGAUUUCUCAAGCAGAGAGGUUUUUCCGUCUGGGGAAAUAUAACGAUGAAGAUCGUUUGGAUCUGUUAUCCAUCACUCUUCAAGGACCGGCACUACAUUGGUUCAACAGAGAGAUCCAGAGAGAACCGUUCAGUGAUUGGUGUCAGUUUAAAAGAAGGAUGAUCCCUAGAUUCAAUCAGAAGUUAGAAGAGAAUCCGCGAAUGAGAUUGUUUGCUCUGAAGCAAAGAGGUUCAGUAGCGGAUUAUGUGAAUGAGUUUGAAGAGUUAACAACAAUUGUGACGGGAGUCGAAGAAGAGAAUCUGGAGUUGGUUUUCUAUUUGGGACUGAAACCUGAGAUGCAAGAAGUUGUGAAGAUGCAAAAGCCGAAAGGAUUAUCUGCCCUUUUCACAACCGUGAUCUCAAUGGAGGGUAGUCAGUUCUGCAGAGCUAUGGCAGCGUCAGUGAAUCCAUCAAGACGUAGUUCAACGUUGUUUCCGUUGCGUUCUUCUUCCCAGUACAAUUCUCCAGGGAAUGUGGAUUCAACUGAGCAAAACAAAAGCUUGGUGACUCAGGAGAAGAACAAACCUCCGUGGCAGAGCAGUGGAGGCAAGAACCAUAGUGGAAUGGUGAAACUGAGUCCUGCAGAGAUGGCAGAGAAGCGGAGACUGGGCCUUUGUUACAAGUGCCCAGAGAAAUGGAUGAGAGGACAUCAAUGCCAAAACAUGCUACUUCAGGUGUUUACUGUGAUUGAUGAGGACUUGGUGGAGAUUACAGAUGAAGAUUGGAUGGAAGGUUUUGAAGAGAAGUCAGAGACGAGUCCAGUUUUAAUGGAGCUAUCUCUAUGCUCAUAUUUGGGACUUGACUCACCAGUGGUUACGAAGUUGUGGGGUGAUAUUGGUGGAGUGAAGUUAGUAGUGAUGAUUGAUAGUGGUGCCAUCCAUAAUUUCAUUGAUCCUUCUGUUCUAAGUAAAACCCAGUUACACCCUGCUAGGAACAGAAAGCUCGAGAUUUUAUUGGGCACGGGAAUUACAGUCAAUGGCACAGGCGUUUGCAGAAACGUCUCCUUGGAGUUACAAGGACAUGCGUUUGUCAUGAAUUUAGUAGUUCUGGAGUUGGGAAAUGCAGAGAUUAUCCUAGGCGUUGAUUGGCUGAGAACUUUGGGGAAAUGCGAGCAUGACUGGGACAAACACGAAAUGUCAUUCACGUAUAACGGAGAGCGUAUUACGUUGUUUGGCGAUCCAGCUCUUCAAUCCAGUGGUCGCUCGUUUAAAGAUAAUCACUCGCUGAGUUGCUUGGAGUUAGUUGGAUGGGACAUUGAAGCAGGUGAAUUGAAUCAGGUGGAAGCUGUUUCUGAGAUACCACAGCAAGUUCAGACGUUAUUGGAUAAGUUCUUAGAGGUGUUUGCAGCGCCGACUCAGUUACCGCCUAUCAGAAACAGAGAACAUGCUAUCACGUUGAUUCCGGGAGCAGGCCCUAUCAGUGUGAGACCCUAUAAGUACCCUCACGCUUACAAGGAGGAAAUGGAGAAGUUAGUAGCCCAAAUGCUCGAAGCAGGAACGAUUCGGCCGAGUAAGAGCCCUUUCUCAAGCCCGGUGUUGUUAGUCAAAAAGAAGGAUGGGAGUUGGCGCUUCUUCAUUGAUUACAGGUCACUCAACAAAGCCACAGUUCCUGACAAAUUUCCGAUACCUGUAAUCGAUCAAUUACUGGACGAGUUACAUGGAGCAAGAGUUUUCUCAAAGUUGGAUCUCAGAGCAGGAUAUCACCAAAUACGCAUGCUAGAGAGAGACAUUGAGAAGACGGCUUUCAGAACGACGAAUGGACAUUAUGAGUUCCUCGUGAUGCCGUUUGGGUUAACAAACGCACCAGCGACUUUCCAGGCACUCAUGAAUGAACUGUUGAGACCUUUUCUGGGAGAUUUCGUUCUGGUGUUCUUCGAUGAUAUAUUGGUUUUCAGCGCGAACAUCGAGGAACAUGUGACUCAUCUCGCUACGGUACCAGACAUUUUUGUCACUCAUCAGUUGUUUGCGAAUCGGAAGAAGUGUUUGUUUGGGCAAUCACAAGUUGAGUAUCUCGGGCAUAUUAUCUCUGAAGAAGGUGUGUGGCCACGGAUCCUUCAAAGACAGAAGCAAUGA